AUGACACUCAGCAUCCCGCUCCGCCGCAGCGCGGUCACCGCUGCCCGAGUUCAGACCUCCACCACUUUCAUCUGUUCGCAAUGCCGCCAUGCGACUCUCCUUCGACGCCCUAAGCGUCCCUACACCUUCACUCAGCUCAUCACCCUGUCGGAUGGCAGCACCUUCACUCACCGUACGACGUCUCCCGCCCCCGUCUACCGUUCCACCCGUGACACGCGCAAUUCCCUCCUGUGGAACCCGUCAUCAAGCAAGUUGAUGAAUGUCGAGGAAGACGAGGCCGGUCGACUAGCAGCAUUCAGAGCCAAAUUCGGACGGAGCUGGGAUGCGAAUACCCCUACUGAGGCCGAAACAAACAAGAAGGCUGAGCAGACGGAUAAAGAGGCCGAGGCUGCGGCAAGAGCCGCUGCUGAAGAGGAAGAGGACAACCUGCUGGACUUAAUCACUUUCAUGUACAGUACAUCAUACCAUUUGGUUGGGAUUCCAGCAUUGAGAGUUCGUGCCUCCAGGUUGCCUCUUCCACCUUCUCUCGAUAGCUUUAGUAACUUGUGAAGUUUAUAUGGGUGUGGAUCACCGUUUAUUGAUCGCCCAGGGAUUAUGGAAGAAGCGAGGCGAGGUCAUCAAGGGGGGGGAAGUCAUUUCGAAUUAAUUCCGAGUUACUGGUAUCGAUACAUUGUAAACGCAGUAAUUUCGACUGCAAAAUUGAAGGAGACUGUCAUGAACUCAAGGAACAAGUCGUGCACCACAUCACAUUGUAAGAAGGGCUGACAUCAGUCGGUUGACUGACGAACAUGACAAGUAAGGAAGAAAGGAGACGGCGGCCUUCCUUUGUUACAGGACAAUAAAAGGUCGUAGGGGUAACAUGUGAGCAC